AUGGCCGAUAACUGCUGCUCCACCCAGCUGAUUGACGGCGAAGGCUCAUUCAAUGUCGAAGGACUCGAUCGCUUCGUCUCCACCACCAAGCUCUCUGAAUGCGGCCUCUCCUACGCCGUCGUCGCUAUCAUGGGCCCUCAGAGCAGCGGUAAAAGUACCCUGAUGAAUCAUCUUUUCCAUACCAAUUUCAGGGAAAUGGAUGCCUUCAGGGGAAGGGGUCAAACAACUAAAGGUAUCUGGAUGGCCAAGUGCGUUGGCAUCGAGCCGUUUACAAUUGGCAUGGAUCUAGAAGGAACUGAUGGCAGGGAAAGAGGGGAGGAUGACACUACUUUUGAGAAACAAAGUGCACUUUUCGCUUUGGCUGUUGCUGAUAUUGUGAUAAUAAACAUGUGGUGCCAUGACAUCGGGCGGGAGCAGGCUGCAAACAAGCCCCUCCUGAAAACAGUGUUCCAGGUCAUGAUGCGUUUGUUCAGCCCUCGCAAGACCACAUUACUGUUUGUUAUACGGGACAAAACAAAGACUCCACUUGAAUAUCUUGAACCUAUUCUUAGAGAGGAUGUUCAGAAGAUAUGGGAUUCAGUUCCUAAACCCCAGGCUCACCAAGAUACUCCACUGAGUGAAUUUUUUAAUGUUGAGGUGACUGCUCUAUCCAGCUUUGAAGAGAAGGAGCAACAGUUUAAGGAGCAGGUUGCUCAACUGAGGGAGCGCUUUUUUCAUUCCAUUUCUCCUGGAGGGCUAGCUGGUGAUAGAAGGGGCGUUGUCCCUGCCUCGGCAUUUGCUUUUAGUGCACUUCAGAUUUGGAAAAUUAUAAAGGAGAAUAAGGAUCUCGAUCUCCCUGCUCAUAAGGUGAUGGUUGCAACCGUUCGAUGUGAAGAGAUAGCCAAUGAAAAGCUUUGUUGCUUGAAGUCUGAUGAGGGAUGGCUAGAACUGGAGGAAGCUGUUGAAGCUGGUCCUGUAUCAGGAUUCGGGAAGAAUGUCAGCUCUAUCCUAGAAAGAUACCUUUCAGAGUAUGACAUGGAGGCAACCUAUUUCGAGGAAGGAGUGAGAAAUGCAAAACGAGAACAGCUGGAGACAAAAGCAUUGGAUCUGGUUCACCCUGUUUAUGUUACUUUAUUGGGACAUCUACGUUCUAAAGCACUUGAGGACUUCAAGAGUAGGCUAGAGCAAUCACUGAGCCGAGGCGAAGGAUUUGCUGCUUCUGUUCGUGCUUGUACCGAAUCUUCCCUUGCUGAGUUUGAUAAAGGAUCCAAAGAUGCAUCUAUAAAACAAGCCGAUUGGGAUGCUUCAAAAGUUCGGGAAAAGCUUCACCGUGAUAUUGAGACACAUGCUUCAUCUGUAUGCAGUGCCAAGUUAUCUGAGUUGACAGCAAAAUAUGAGAAUAAACUCACCGAAGCUUUGAGUCAUCCUAUAGAAUCUCUCUUUGAGUCUGGUGAAAAGGACACAUGGGCUUCAAUCAGAAAGCUUUUAAAACGUGAAACAGAUGCUGCUGUAGCUGAGUAUUCUACUGCAAUUGUUGGUUUUGAAUUGGAUGAAGCUACAGUUGAUGCACAGCUGCAGCACUUAAGGGACUUUGCAAGAAAUGUAGUGGAGAAGAAAGCAAGAGAAGAUGCGGGGAAGGUUUUGAUACGUAUGAAGGAUAGAUUUUCCACAGUUUUCAACCAUGAUAAUGAUUCAAUGCCGAGGGUUUGGACUGGAAAAGAGGACAUCCGAGCCAUUACGAAGGACGCACGAUCUGCGUCCUUGAAACUUCUCUCAGUCAUGGCUGCAGUACGCUUGGAUGAGAAACCAGAUAAGAUUGAGGAUGUACUCGUCUCCUCCCUCAUGGAUGGAACUAUCACCACUCAAUCUUCUCAAAACAGAGCUGUUGGAGCUACUACUGACCCUCUUGCCUCGAGUUCCUGGGAAGAGGUUCCUCCAAAGUGUACAUUAAUUACACCAGUUCAGUGCAAGUCCAUGUGGAGGCAGUUUAAAUCAGAGACCGAGUAUACUGUUACACAAGCACUUUCAGCUCAGGAGGCUCACAAACGAAAUAACAACUGGUUACCUCCUCCAUGGGCAAUUGCUGCAAUGCUCAUCCUUGGUUUCAACGAGUUCAUGCUUCUGUUGAAGAACCCCCUUUACCUAAUGGUUCUGUUUGUUGGAUUCUUACUCUCGAAGGCCUUGUGGGUACAGCUGGAUGUUGCUGGCCAGUUUCGACAUGGCCCGGUGGCGGGAAUACUGUCUAUAUCGUCCAGGUUUCUUCCAACAAUCAUGAAUCUACUUAAGCGACUCGCUGAAGAGGCUCAAGGUCAAGGCCAGCAGCAGCAGCAGCAGCAUCAAACGCCUACAGCUCCAAGACCAUAUCCCGUAGAUUCACACAGUUUCAAGAAUGAAAGUUCCAGUUCAAAUCCAACAUCCACUGUGAUUCCCGACUCUUCUGUAUCCUCCUCCAAUGUCUCAUACUCAGACAGUGGGAUGGAAUACUCGAGUCCAAACCAGAUGCACAGGCGGAGUUCGAAGGCAGAGGCAGAGUAUUCCUGA